CGUAUAGUAAUUGAAAACCAAUCGAGAAGUAUAAAAACCCGGAGCCCCCAAUGCAAUGGACGCAGACAAAGAAACCAAUCGAGAGAGAGAGGAUGGUUCAUACAAAACCGUACGAUGUUCUUUAUGCUCCGCUCAUCUUCUUCGUGGUUGUGAUGAGUUCCUCCUCCUCUUCUUCCGUUGCAUCUUCCGAAGCAGAGGGUCUUCUGAAAUGGAAGUCCACUUUCUCCGGACACAGUCAUAUGCUGUCUUCGUGGAGCAACAGGAGCAGCCACAGUCUCUGCACCAAAUGGUUUGGUGUUUCAUGCAACUCUCGAGGUAGUGUCCUAGGGUUGAACCUCACUCAGACUGGUAUCGAAGGUACCCUCCAUGCUUUCCCCUUCUCUUCUCUUCCCAAUCUCUCUUUUCUUGAUCUAUGGAAUAACCGUCUCUCCGGAACCAUACCUCCCGAAUUCCAACAUCUUUCUAAGCUCAUCUACCUUGACUUGUCCUUCAACCGGUUGUCGGGAAAAAUCCCGCCAGAGCUCUGUUUGUUACAAAGCCUCGAAACCCUUUAUCUCAUUGAAAACCUCUUAAACGGCUCCAUCCCUCCAUCCAUUGGUCUCCUAUCUUCACUCCAAGAUCUCGAGCUAGCAAGAAACUCGCUUACUGGGCAUAUACCCUCUUCGAUUGGAAAUCUGACCAAAUUGGUCGCGUUGUACCUCCAUAGCAAUUCCCUCACCGGUCCUAUCCCCCCGUCCAUUGGUCUCAUAUCUUCACUUCGAGAUCUCGAGCUAUCUACGAACUCACUUACGGGUCAUAUACCCACUACGGUAGGAAACUUGACUGAUUUGGUCACUCUGAAUCUCCACAGCAAUUUCCUCAUCGGUCAUAUCCCUCCAUCUAUUGGUCUCCUAUCUUCACUCCGAGAUCUCGAGCUAUCCAUGAACUCACUUACAGGGCAUAUACCCUCUUCCUUUGGAAAUAUGACCAAUUCGAUCACUUUGUACCUCCAUAGCAAUUUCUUCACCGGUCAUAUCCCUCCAUCUAUUGGUCUCUUAUCUUCACUUCGAGCUCUCGAGCUAUCCAUGAACUCGUUUACGGGGCAUAUACCCUCUUCCUUUGGAAAUCUGACCAAUUCGAUCACUUUGUACCUCAAUAGCAAUUCCCUCACUGGUUUUAUCCCUUCAUCCAUUGGUCUCCUAUCUUCGCUCCGAGAUCUCGUGCUAUCAAAGAACUCGCUUAUGGGGCACAUACCCUCUUCAAUAGGAAACCUAACCAAAUUGGUCACUUUGUACCUCUAUAGCAAUUCCUUUACCGGUCAUAUCCCUCCAUCCAUUGGUCUCCUAUCUUCACUUCGAGAUCUCGAGCUAUCAACGAACUCGCUUAUGGGGCGUAUACCGUCUUCAAUAGGAAACAUAACCAAAUUGGUCACUUUGUACCUCCAUAGCAAUUCCUUCACCGGUCAUAUCCCUCCAUCCAUUGGUCUCCUAUCUUCACUUCGAGAUCUCGAGCUAGCAAAUAAUUCGCUUACAGGGCAUAUACCCUCUUCUUUUGGAAAUCUGACCAAUUUGAUCACGUUAAUCCUCUCGAACAAUACUCUCACCGGUCCUAUCCCUCCAAUGAUCACAAAUUCUUUAGAGCUAGAUAUAAUGGACCUCAGCUACAACAACUUCAUCGGUUUCUUGCCAAAAAACAUUUGCAAAGCCGUUAAGCUUACAGCUCUCGGAUUGAUAGAUAAUCGACUCAGUGGUGCAAUCCCUGAAACCUUGAGAGAUUGCAAAAGCUUGGUUAGACUACGACUUGAUGGAAACGAAUUCAACGGAGAUUUAUCUGAUAAUUUUGGGGUUUAUCCUGAUCUUGAUUAUAUUAACCUCAGCCACAACAAGUUUCAUGGUGAAAUUUCGACCAAGUGGAAGGAGAGUCGAGAGAUGAAUACAUUGAUCAUCUCUAAUAACAAUAUCACCGGUGUAAUACCAUUGCAAUUUUGGAGCAUGAUGAAUCUCCAGGAACUUGAUUUGUCUUCAAACUACAUCUUUGGUGAACUUCCAGAAACCAUUGGAAGUCUUAGUCAUUUGUCGAGGAUGAACCUUAGUGGGAACCAAUUAUUUGGAAGAAUUCCUUUAGGAGUCGGAUCUUUAACCAAACUUGAGUCGCUUGACUUAUCCUCAAACAGAUUUGGAUUCCAAAUCCCCAAGAUCAUUGGAAACCUAUAUAAGGUUUAUUACAUGAACAUGAGCCAAAACAACUUCGACGGAGGCAUCCCCAUCGAGAUAUUGAAGCUUGAUCAGUUAUCAACACUUGAUCUCAGCAAAAAUCAACUCGACGGUGAAAUCCCAUCACAAAUAAGCUUUUUAUCCUCUCUCGAAACAUUGGAUCUUUCAUACAACAAUCUCUCGGGUAUCAUCCCCACAAGUUUCAAGGAUAUGCAUGGUCUCAGAGUCAUCAAAGUAUCACACAAUAACCUCGAGGGUCCGAUUCCGGAUAACUUUGCCUUUCGAAAUGCUAAUUUGGAGGCAUUAGAGGGUAACAAAGGGUUGUGCAGUGAUUUCAAAAAGGGACUCAAGCCAUGCCCUAUUGCUUACUUGGGAAGAAAGAAAUCUUCGGGAAAGGAGAAAACUUUGGUGUUAUUUCUCACCAUUGGUGUAAUUGUAGUUUUCUUCAUUUGUGUUGGAGCUGUCAUCUUCAUCACACGAAGAAGACAACAACAACCUAUUGGAAAUGCAAAUUCAGAGCCUGUGUUACAAUUCUUGGUGACAAACUUUGAUGGGAAACUCGCAUACCGAGAAAUCAUCAACUCCACAGAAGAUUUCGAUCAAAAAUAUCUCAUUGGAACAGGAAGAUGUGGACGCGUCUACAUAGCAAGGCUACCAGGUUUGAUAUUGGCUAUCAAAAAGUUCAAUGAGACGGCGAACGACGAGAUAUCAAUGCCGGAAGUGCAACAUGAGUUCUUGAACGAGAUACAAACAUUGACGGAAAUUCGCCAUCGUAACAUUGUGAAGCUCUUCGGCUAUUGCUCUCAUCGGCGCCACUCGUUCCUAGUGUGUGAGUACUUGGAAAGAGGUAGUCUAGCAAAAGCAUUGGAAGACGAGGAAGAAGCCAAGAGACUUGAUUGGAGGAAGAGGAUUAAUAUCGUGAAGGGUGUUGCUCACGCGCUCUCAUACAUGCACCAUGGUCAGUCACCGGCUAUUGUACACCGUGACAUCACCAGCGGGAACAUUCUGUUGGACGAAGAAUAUGAGGCUAAGGUAUCAGAUUUCGGUACCGCAAAACUCCUCAAGGCAGAUUCUUCAAAUUGGUCUGCUGUCGUGGGCACUUACGGCUACAUGGCACCAGAGCUAGCUUAUACGAUGAGGGCGACGGAGAAAUGCGAUGUGUACAGUUUCGGAGUCCUGACGUUCGAAGUGUUGAGAGGCUCUCAUCCGGGAGACUCGAUUUCAUCGUAUUCGUUGACCGAAGAGAACAUCAGAUUGAGUGAUAUAUUGGACCAGCGCUUGCCAUUUCCAUGGCGGAUCGAGGAGAAGAUCCAACAGAUUGUGAGAAUUGCAUCUCAGUGUGUGCGGUCUGAUCCAUUGUCUCGACCGACCAUGCUUUCCAUCUCCAACGCCCUGUCGUAGAGACAAUGGUUACUCUCUUGUUUUUGUAAUCCAUCUGCUUUUAUUUGUAACAAGGGGUGGAUCGCAUUAGCCGUGCUGCCGUAACAUGAACUGGGCGUGCAUGCAUGCAUGCAUGUACUGUUGGUGUUUUUUGGCUCAAGGCUGUGACUAUCCAUCGGACAAAGGAGCAUUAUUGAUGCGGAAGUUUCCAUCACAUGUUAUGUCUGAUCUAUACGUAUAAUUAGACGGUCGUUUUAUAUGGUGCAGUUAAUAUUCUCCAUCCGUAGACUUUACGUAGAAAAUGUGUUGUUUCCGCUCUUUUUGCCUUAUAAAGAAAUCGUGGUAAAUUCAAUUUCUCUUUAGAAACUUAAACAUA